CUACUCUUGGCUGGGUUUUAUUCUAUAUUCUGUUAUGUUGCCGAGCGCCGGCUAUCCUCUACGUAGCGAAUACGUGACGCAUUUUCCUCCAAUUGAACUAGAUCGUGCUGCUCUAGAUCCCGCCUUCACAGCAGUCUAGCCGUCAUUCGCCAUGGCACCAUCUUUCUACUCUCAAUGCUUUGGCCAGGCCGGUCGCAACGGCGCCUCCGAUGCUGAUGCCAACGCCAGCGACAGUGGGGCUGAUGCACAACGAUCGAUGGAGCAGUUUCCGCUGAGAUUCUCUACCCCUCCUUGAUCCUUCAACAACGGUUUCUGCAUGUAUCUGUGCCCUCCUCAAUAAUGAGGGCGUUAGGGCAUGGUAACGCUGCGCUUCCUUGGUUGCUGUCCUCGCAGGUAACCUCGCUCGUUCUGGCGGAACAUGGAAUGAAACAGGAGUCGCACUCCCGACAGCGAUGGUGGCGGGAUGAGAAUGCAGUGGUGCAACAACAGGAACAGACUACUACUAUUCCGGCGCCGAUCGUAGCAAGCGUGUCCCAAUACUGGGAAGGAAAUGAUGGCCCAUGGUCUUCAUUCGCGAUCCAAGUAGGCCAAAGAGCGCAAAACGUCCGCGUCCUACCCUCUACCGCCUCCACGUCAACUUGGAUUGUAUACGAAGAGGGCUGUCCUGCAGACGCUCCGAGCAAUUGUGCAGAUACACGUGGAGGUAUCUUCAAUCCGAACAACUCUCUCACAUGGGUCCCGAACUCAAUCUUCCAACUGGGACUAGGAGAAAAUCUUGAUUACAAUGUCUUUGGCGAUUUCGGGUUCGACACUGUUACCUUAGGAUGGCAGGGCUCAGGAGGACCAACCGUGGAACAUGCCGUCGUUGCCGGUAUCGGAGACACCACCUUCUCAUGGCUUGGAGUUCUGGGGUUAAAUCCUCGCCCUACAAACUUCUCGACCUUUCCGAAUAAUCCGCAAGUGAGUUUUGUCCAGGCAUUGAAGAACCAAAACAGCAUUCCGAGUGUAUCUUGGGCGUAUACCGCGGGAGCUCAAUAUCGGUUGGACAAAGUCUACGGCUCACUCACUCUUGGUGGCUACGAUACGUCUCGCUUUACCAAGCCCGCUGGUACCUCGGAAAAUCUCACUUUUCCGUUCUACACCGACAUAGCGCGCGAUCUACUCGUCGGCAUACAAUCCAUCACGACGAGUAACACAACCUCCUCGACAUCGGGGACCAAGCUCCUUUCAGAUGGUAUAUUCGCCUUCAUCGAUUCCACGGUGCCGCAUCUCUGGCUCCCGGAAUCCGUUUGCAAGGCCUUCGAAUCAGCUUUUGGUUUGACGUGGAACUCCACAGCCGGACUCUACAUGCUAAAUGCAUCCCAGCACUCCACUCUGACAGCGCUCAAUCCUAGCAUUACCGUCACGCUCUCACCUCAGCUGCCACAUUCAGCUUCAGAGAAUUCAGUCGCGAUCACUCUUCCCUAUUCUGCCUUCGAUCUUAACAUUUCGUGGCCACAUGCUGAGACUUCUGCAUACUACUUCCCCUUGAAGAGGGCCACCAACGACACUCAAUAUACCCUUGGCCGCGCCUUCCUCCAAGAGGCUUACCUCAUCGCCGAUUACGAGCGUCAGAACUUCUCCGUCUGGCCUUGCAAAUGGGACUCUGAAACCACGAACGCCAACAUCAUCCCCAUUCUUUCGGUGAAUUCUACUGCGGCCAAUCCGGGCUCAGACAACCCUAGCGAAAGCACAGGAGGAUCUCGUAAGGGCCUCAGUACAGGAGCAAUUGCCGGUAUAGCAGUAGGCGCUGCAGUUGGUGUUAUACUUCUCGCUCUGGCGGCAUGGUUCUAUAUUCGAAGAGCGAGAUCGAAAGGCCGGGCUUCCUUUGAGCUCGAAAACACUAUCCUUCACGACCCAAACGCUCUCCCCGAUUACCACCCCGAGAAAGGCGCUGGCGCCGAGGAGCUCGAUUCGUGCGCCAAACACGAACUCCAAGCCCACAACAACAAAUUCGGUCCCCUAGAAGCACCAGACAAUGUCGGGAAAUAUGAAAUGGAGGGCGACCACACCUCGAACGAAGCAGACGGACGAGAGAGGAGACUGGGCGUCGUUCAUGAGCUGGAUGCGCAGGAGGAUGCAGGACUGGGGCCGAAGAUUACGCUGGAGCCACCCACGGCUGUGACUCCUGGUCCGGGUUCCACGUUUCCAGACACAAAGAUGGGGGCCAGAUCCAGAUGAUGUUUAAGCUAUUGUGCUAGACUUACGAUCCAAUGUUCCAUUCUAUUCUCAGGUAGAUGCUCCCCUUACGCAAAAGAAUCGCUUUUAUGUGAUGCUACUGCUACAUAGGCGAGUCAACCCAGCAUGUCCGUGACUCAAACCCCAAAGGGUGAGCAUACCGGCAUGCGAGGAACUCAAACCAACAACCUUCCGACCCCCAGAACCCCUACAAAUUGGCGCUUACAGCCCACACAUCUCCAACCACCCGUCGACA